AUUUACGCACUGUCAAAACUACAGCAGAAUCGCAUCAUCAACUCUGAGCGGCUGAGAUUAAACCGAGCAGAGCGCAGAGUGGGCGGAGCCGAACACUCGAAACCACGCCCACCGCCAGACAGAACGCUUACACAGAAGCUGUCCAUCACCCGCAGGCAUUUGACUUACCUGAGAGUUGAAGCAGCGCACGUCUCUCCUCAAGAGACAUCAGCGAAAGCUAAAGUGAACGGUCGCAUAGGACAUGAGAAAUCAGGCAGUUCAAUGCAGCACGACCCAUAAAGAGGGAUUAUAGCAGCUCGUCAUCGCUCUAUCAACAACAGCCAAUCACUCAGCACAGGACUCCAUUUGAUGUUUGUUAUGGAUAUUAAAAUCUGAGGAGUUUGGAAGUCAUUAGGUGAUGAUGAGGAUUUCCGCCGCUGUGCUGAUUUUGACCUUAAUUGCAGAUUUAAUAUCGCAAGCAGCAGGUGUCAGUCCUCCAGGCAAACCCAGACUGACCAGCUGUCGCUCCCCAGAGAAGGAGACCUUCACCUGCUGGUGGGAGCCUGGAGAUGAUGGAGGUCUGCCCACUACAUAUGCCCUCUACUACCGCCUGGAGAACACCGAGACGGUCAAAGAGUGUCCCGAUUACAAAACCGCAGGCGAGAACUCCUGUUUCUUCGACAAAAAUGCCACAUCGCUGUGGGUGAACUACAACAUCACAGUAGUGGCCACCAAUGCUUUGGGCAGGAACAUUUCAGAACCCGUGGAGGUGGAUGUCGUCUAUAUUGUUCAACCGAAUACUCCGGAAAACGUCAAAGCGGUUGUGAUUCACGAGGACCGGGAUCCAUUCGUCAAAGUUUCCUGGGACAAACCACGGACCGCAGACACCCGAUCUGGAUGGAUCACACUGCAUUACCAGCUACGGGUUAAACAAGAAGAGGAUAAAGAAUGGGUGGAAUAUGAUGCUGAAAGGCAAAAGAACUAUAACGUGUUCAGCCUUCACUCUGAUAGAGAAUACAUGGUGCAGGUGCGGUGUAAACCAGAUCAUGGCUUCUGGAGUGAAUGGACACAAACCACCUACGUCAAAAUGCCCAACUAUAUUCCCAGAGAGCGUUCGUUGUGGAUCAUGAUCACGAUUUUCUCUGUCUUCAUCGUCUUUAUCCUCACCUGGAUGCUCAAAGUGAAACACAACAGUGUGAAGCUUUGUUUGCUGCCUCCUGUUCCUGGGCCGAAAAUCAAAGGAUUUGACAAACAGCUUCUCAAGAGCGGGAAAUCAGAGGAAGUUUUCAAUUCUCUGGUAAUCCCAGGUUUCCCUCCAACCACUGAUUACGACGAUCUACUAGUGGAGUACCUCGAGGUGUACGACAACGAGGAGCAAGAGCUGGUCCUGGAUGGUAAAGAUCUAUCAGAGGACAGCAUGAAAUCCAAAAGCCCAUCUGACAGCGACUCGGGCAGGGGCAGCUGCGACAGUCGUACCCUGCUUUUAGACAAGUGCAUGGAAGGAAGUGGAAAUGACCAACACAACUACAGCCAGCACGGAGAAACAAGCUGGGCUUCUUCCAGCGAAUGUAGCGAAAGCCAAGGUUCACCUGGUUCUCCAGAGUCCACCGAUGGACGCAUGAAAACCUGGCCUGUUGUGUUUUCCUCACCCCAACCGCAUCACCACUACCAAGUCGGAGCGACAAAACCGGCCUACCACAGCGUCCCGGAGAUCCUAAAACAUUCACCAUCACACGCAAUCCCAAGCAACUACCACCAGCUUUACCUUCAGGACAUCCCGCCGCAGGAAGGGCGCUUUACUAAACCUCCCUGCCGGCAUUCCCAAAGCUACAACCAGUUCAACAUGGACAACGUUGACAUUUCCGAAGCCGGUGUUCCUCCAUCUCGCUCCUUGGAGUAUGUAGAGGUGCAGAGGGUCAACCCGGAAAACAUACUACUGCUUAGGCCACUUUCAGACCCAAACCGUGAACCUGAAGGGUCAGAUCGCAUCGAUGAGGACUACAGCAAGGUCAAAGAAGUGACGUCAAACAAUACUCUCCUUCUCCAAAGAGAAACGUCUCAUCAGGUUGUCAAUGAUUACAGCCAGGACUUUGAAAGCUAUGCUGAUCAAUGCACAGCCCAGCAAACUCCUCACCCAUGCAAACCUGUCAUGACACAGUUGCACAGUCAAGACAUGAGGGUGAUGGGAAACGGUUACGUGGACACAACAGUCCUGAUGCCAUUAUACAAGCAAUUCUAACGCAGGAAGGCUGACAGACAGUCAAAACAAACAAAAAAAGCAGACAAAACAUAUUAAAAACAACUGUUGACAGCUCAUGCCAAGCGCUUUUAUCCCUCUCAGAUCUUGUUAUGUUUGAUAAAUAAGCAGGAUUUGUAUUUAUACAAGUGAUAUUUACUUUGAAGUAGAUUGUAUCGGACACAAGCUGGAGGGUUGCUGUGAACUUUUACAUGAAGAAGUCACGGAUUAUGUACUUUUAUGAGGUGAUGCUUGUAAACCACCAAAAGGGGUUCGCUUUACACUUAUAAAUAAUUGAAGUCUUUAAAGUUAACAUGAAAUCGAAGCAGGUCUUAUUAUCUUAAAUGCUCGGAUCACCCAAAAGAUUUUACUUUUAUUAUUAAUUACUCACCCGCAUGUUGUUCUGGACCUUUGAGACAUGUCUUCAGAACACAAAUUUAAGAUAUUUUAGGUGAAAUCUGAGAGCUCCCUCAUCCUCCAUAGACAACAAAGUUCCAGACUUGUUCAAAGUAAUAAAACAUACUGUGGAAUAUUUAGUCAAUUCCAUGCGUGUUCAGUAAAAAAGCUCAGGAGAGGUUUUUCUUCAAUGUUACACAUAUUACUAAUUUAUUAGAUACAAAUAAAAAAUUCGAUUCACAAAAUUUGGUUAUCCUCAAUGCAAUGCAAGCGUGCUUUUAUGCAUAGCUGAUAUUAACAGGAUUGACAUCACUUGUCAAUCAAUCUCCAGUCCUUCUUUGGCCGCACCCAUACAUACGUCCUCUUUUUGUACUAAUUCUCUGCACAGCACCAAAAAGCACAAGACUUAUCAACUGCAAAUUCUGUUCUCACAGGAAGUUUCACUGCAGAGCUCAAGUUAAUUUUAGACACUCAGGCCUUUGCAUUCUAGCAGCUACUUCUGCAAAAAUGCUUCAUUAUUAUGCAAAACAUAUCAAAGAAGUUGGUUUAUAUUUAUCACCUUAAGCAAUACAAAUACAAUUGUUUAGUGAAAAGAGAAACAGACAAAACUAAUUUAAUAAUUAAUUCCUUUUUUUACAACAGUACAAAAUGAACAUCCUCAAAACAGUUUAUAUUGCCUUUAAUUGUGCAAUUGGAAAAUUAUCAAGCUAGGGGAAUAUUUUUGUGUGCACAUAGCACAAAAAUAAUGUUUUUAUUUAAGUUUCUUCUCCUCAUUCUCAGUAUAUUGUGCAUGUUUACAGGCACUGUGUACUGAUAUAUACUCUGAAUUCAGCUUGUUUGAAAUGUAGCGUAGCAUCACAGGUAAUAUAGCAGCUCGAUAUUCAGCUUUUAUACGUAGCUGAUAUUAACAGGUGGAGUUUAGUGGAAUUCAUCACCUGUCAAUCAGUUUCCAUUCAGUUUCCAGUCCUCCAUUGGCCGCACCCAUACAUACAUCCUCUUUUUCCACUAAUUCUCUGCACAAAGUCAAAAAGCACAAGACUUCAUGCUUACAGGAAUUUUCGCUGCAGAGCUCAAGUAAUUUUAAACACUCAGGCCUUUGCAUUUUUAGCAGCUUCAUCUACUUCUGCAAAAAUGCUUUAUUCGUAUGCAAAACGUAUCACACUAGGGAAAAAGUUUGGGUAAUUUAUUUCACCUUAAGCAAUACAAAUACAAUUGUUUAAUGAAGAAAAAAAGAGACAAAAAUGAUUUUAAAAAAAUCCUCAAAACAGAUCAUAUUGCCUUCAGUGGUGCAAUCGGACUAUUAUCAAGCUAGGAGAAUACUUUUGUAUGUACAGAAAAAAUGACUUAAUUGUACAAUUUCUUCUCCUCAGUGUCAGUAUAUUGUGCAUGCUCACAGGCACUGUGUACUGAUAUAUACCCUAGAUUCGGCUUACAUGGUUUGAAACAAAGCGGAGCAUCACAUGUAAUCCAUCAGCUCAAUAUUCAGCUUUCUCCUGAACGCGCACAAUAUACUGACACUGUGGAGAAGUGUUCUUUAUAACGAGUCGGGACCGUUGCUGUUUAUGAAGGAUGAGCAAGAGCUCAGAUUUCAUCUAAAUACCUUAAAUUGUGUUUCGAAGGAAAACAAAGGGCUUAGAGGUUUGGAACAAAGUGAGGGUGAGUAAUUAAUAACGGAAGUGUCAUCAACUAACACUUUAAAUACAUAUGCUUUUUUGUUAACCAAUAGCCAAAAGUUAUUCAGGCACGAUCUAAGACUUCUUUUCAGAGUUUGCAAAUUGAAAUUGCACCUAAGUUGUUUGUGUUUUAGGUUGCAUUUACACAAUUGUUUCCCAACCCUGUUCCUGGAGGCACACCAACAGUACAUAUUUUGGAUGUCUCCCUUAAAUAACCCAUUGAUUUCAGGUUUUGGAGUCUCUUCUAGUGUUCUAAUGAGUUGAUUCAGGUGUGUUUGAUUAGGAGAGGUUAAAAAUGUUUACUGUUGGUUAAAAAUGUUUACUGUUGGUGCGCUUUUAGGAACAGUGUUGGGAAACACAGAUUUACACAAAAAUUAAUAUAAGUUUCACAUUCAGAUGACAAUACUGUCAAAUGUUUGUAUAAUGUGUCCUGUUUUUUAUAAUCGUGUUUUUAAAGUUAUAUUGACUAUUUAUUUUUACAGUGUUUGUUUUAGGCUCCUAAGGCCUUGUCAAGCAAAAUUGCAUAAUCUUUUCCUUUUUAUUUUUAGUUGCAAACGGUAUUGUGUAAACACUCCCUUAUUUAAGGAAAAUAAGACGCGAAUACUAUUUCAUGUUAACUUCAAACGAUUUGUCAUGUUUAUAUAUUCCUGAGAUUUGAAAACUUAGCACUUAGCAUAGUUGCCAUCGGCAGUUCACUAUGCAUUAUGUUAUUGUAUGUAUUUUUGCAUCAUGGCACUGUUACGUGUUCAAAGCUACAAUGCUUUUUAUCCCACUGUUCACUCCCGAAACGCAUAAAGGUCUAAAAACUAUUUUUAAUGAACUAAUCUUGAGAAUUGUAACAGCAUUCAGCCAAUUCAAAGCUUUGGUUUGAUGCACUGCACUCUACAAUGAAUUUUAAUGCUCCAACAUGCCUACUAUAUAAAUACAAUAUCAUUUUUGUCGCCAGUUUAAUCCUACGUAAUCUUUCAUUUCAGGAAACAUUUCCGCUUGUGAAAUCUCAGUCAUACAAUUGAAAAUGACUUCGUAUAUAUUAAUUGAACACUAAUGCACAUACGUUAAAAGGGAUUUGAAUUGAUUGUAAAUUGUUUUUAAAUAUAUAUUUUUAGCUCUCAGGUGGAGGUAAACUCACUUAAAUGAUCCUGCUGAAUGUAUAAAUGUAUUAUAAAUGUAUUUGGCACUGAUUUUGGCACAAAAUGAGAAAGUGCCAGCAUUUAAGUACAUUUCCAAAUAUGUUUCAGUGAGUUAUUCGCUGUAGAAGUUGAAUGUUAACCCUGUGGAAAAACCUUUCAAAUGACACGCAUAGCCAUUUAUUUAGCACUAUUUUUUUCCUUAUUCUUUCAUAUAAAAGAGAAAUUAUAAAAAAUAUAUUUUAAGCCUAAAAAGAUCAGACAUUAUAUGAAACAACCAGGCAGUUAUUAUCUUGCAUGCACAAAAUGUUAACCAUAAAAGCAGUUGCUUGCAGAAAAGAAUGAAUUUUGCAAGAGUCAGCCUCCACAUGUUGCCUUAUUUUAUGCUUGAAUCUAUGAGAGAAGACUGUGUUGAUUUUUUGGACAGUAAAUUUGCAAAUACAUACACGCAUGUAUAUAAAAACAGUACAUUCGGUUGUUAUAAAUGACACAUAGAAACCUAGAUCAUUUAUACAACAGUUUAAUUUUGUAAGGGUCGACUGAGCCUAAAAAAAAUCCUGAUCUAAUUUAGUUUAAUUGUGAGUAGAGUAAUAUUUUCUUAUGUCUUUGUUUCUUCAACAGUCUUGUUUCAUGCAUAAUAAAUCUGCAUGCAUCAUUUAUGUUAAGCAAUUUUUAAAAUCAGGCAAUGGAAAAUAGGUUUUUGUAACCGGAUUUAAAGACAAUUGUGUGAAAUAAUACUUUCAUUUGAGCGUAUGACGGAACAUAAAUCCCAAGGAUGAUUAUAUUAUCACUUGAUUUCAGUUUACCAAACUUAAAACCACUAUAAUCAGCCUUUGCUAUAUUAUAAAGAUACACUAAAGAAUGCUAUAUUUUUGUUGACAUGAUGCUAUUUUUAUUUAAUGUCUUUACUUUUGUUGGGUGAAUUCAAGUCAGUUGAGGUGCUGAAAUCAAACUUGUGCUGUUGACCUAUGUAAGUUGACUGAAAACAUCUUGUGUAAUGUAUCCUUAUUGUGUUCUGCUUUUCCAUAACCAACAUUACUUGUCAAAUCACAUAGCAAAACCAUUAAAACACUUGCUCAGAUUGUU